CAUUAAAUUAUUGCUUCAUCAUUAAUGCUGUAAACAUAAGAUAAACGUUAGAUUAUAUUGCUGAUCCAAGUGAGACAUGUUCAUGAGCACUAGGUGGCGCAGUGAGCUUAUAGUCUGCAUUUUAUAUCAGCCGUUUGUCUUGAAACAGAUCAGACGAUUUGAGCUGCAGCUCCAUGCAGAUCAGAGCUCGAUCACGAUCAUGAUGGUUUUUCGUGGAUUAUACUGGACUCUGUGGAUGUUCUCAUGUAUUGAAAAUAUACAUAAUAGGCUUAUUGUUCCAGAGCAAUCAUUAACAGAGGAUGAGUCAUCUGUUAACACCAUCUCUUUACCACAUGCUGUACAAGUUCAAGGUAAAGAUCAUCAGUGGCCUGAGCUGAUUAAUGGAGCAGUAGGAGGAAGCGUAAAGUUCACCCCUAAUAAUCCACCAUCAACUGCGAUUGAUAUAAUCAACUGGCAAUUUGGAACAACUAUUAUAUUGACUGGAAAUCCUGAUUCACCAUUUGUUGCCUCAGCAUAUAGAGACAGAGUCAGUUUUGACAAAAACACUCUCGCUCUGGAGCUGCGGAACCUAAAACUAGAGGAUUCUGGAUCAUACAGUCUGACUGUGGUCCCUAGUAGUGGAGAUCAAGUUAGAGGAGAAACUGCACUACAGGUGUUUGAAAAAAUAAAUAAUAGGCUUAUUGUUCCAGAGCAAUCAUUAGCAGAGGAUGAGUCAUCUGUUAACACCAUCUCUUUACCACAUCCUGUACAAGUUCAAGGACAAAAUGUAGAUCGAGAUCUUCAGAUUCCUGAGCUGACUAAUGAAGUAGUAGGAGGAAGCGUGAAGUUCAUCCCUAAUAACCCACCAUCAACAGCAAUUAAAGUAGUUCAAUGGAAAUUUGGAACAACUGGUAUACUGACAGGACCACCUGAUUCACCGUUAAUAGUCUCAACAUACAGAAACAGAAUCAGUUUUGACAAAAACACUCUCUCUUUGGAGCUCCGGAACCUGAAACUGGAGGACUCUGGAUCAUACAGUCUGAUUGCUCUUGAUAGUGGUGCAAAUCAACUUAGAGGAGAAACUUCACUACAGGUGUUUGAGGAAAAUGUAGAUGAAGAUCUUCAGCUUCCUGAACUGACUACUGGAGGAGUUGGAGGACAUGUGAUGUUUAUCCCUAAUAAGAUACCAUCAACUGCGAUUGAUGUAAUUAUUUGGCAAUUUGGAACAACAAUUAUAUUGACUGGAAAUCCUGAUUCACCCUCUGUAACUUCAGCAUAUAGAGACAGAGUCAGUUUUGACAAAAGCACUCUCUCUCUGGAGCUGAGGAACCUAAAACUGGAGGAUUCUGGAUCAUACAGUCUGACUCUUCUUACCAGUAGUGGAGAUCAACUUAGAGGAGAAACUUUAUUACAUGUGUUCGAUUACAUACAUGAUGUCAUACUUAUUGGUCCAGAAGAAGCAUUAAUUGAGAGAGAAUCAUCUGCCAACAUCACCUCUAAAGGAAGCGGCACCAUCACCUCUGUGCAGUGGAUGAAGGAUAACAGUCCUCUGUCUUCUAGCAGCAGAAUCAUCUUCUCAUCUGAUAACAGAUCAGUGUCCAUCAGUCCAGUGGAGAGAUCAGAUACUGGAGAAUAUCAGUGUACAUACAGUAACCCUGUCAGCUCUGAGACGGCAAAACUCACCCUGAUCAUCAACUAUGGACCAGAUGGUGUUUCUAUUAGGGGUCCAGAUGUGGUGGAUUCAGGGGUUAGAGUGUCUCUGUCUUGUUCUGCAAAGUCUGAACCUUCUGCUUCAUUCAGCUGGACGUUUAAUGGGUCAGACACUGGUGUGACCACAGACCAAUACACCAUUGAUAAGACCGACUUCACAGACAGUGGAGAAUACAUCUGUACAGCCUUUAAUAGAUUCACAAACAGAAGUGAAUCAAUAAGACAUGUUUUACGCAUUCAAGUUGGAGGUGGAGGGCUGUCAACCGGAGCAGUAGUUGGGAUUGCCAUUGGUGUUUCAGUGGCAGUUUCAGGGAUUUGUGGUCUGAUUGUCUAUUUUACAAAAAACAACAUAAUUCCAAAACCAAACUGUCUGAAAAGGGAUGAAGCAAGUGGAGCCACAGCACAAAGAGGACAGGAGCUUGAUAUAAGCUUUGAAGAAACUAAUAAUUUCCCGGAUACUAAUGGAGAUGGAAACCAUAUAUAUGAAAAUCGGAAUGAAAUCUAUGAAAACGCUCCAAACAGGCCCUCCUGCUCAACGGCUCCCCCACUUCAGGCGAGGAAGUGAAAACAUGAACAGCUACUGCAUUGAAUACUCCUGCAGAUUACAUGUUCACACAGAUGUUUCUUUAAUUCAUACAGUACAUUGUUGGUAUUAAAUGUUUAUUUGUGUGUCUUUACCAUAAAA